UUAUUUUUCAAGCACUUUUUCUUUCUGUGCUUCGUCGUUUCAUUUAACGGGAUGUGUGUAUGCACGUACAUUAUUUGUGUGCGUGUUAUUGUUGUUGGGCACGAAGUUGACAUUGAUGAUGAUUAUUGGGCGUAAAUAGAAUCGAAAAUGCGAAAAAGGUAAUGAUGAGAGUAAAAGUCAAUUGCCCGAAAAAUAGCGGAGAGUACAGCAGACAGACGUACGCAAUCAAAUAUCCAUAUAAAAUGUGUAUAUGUGUUAGUGUGUGUUAAGGUUAACAAACACAUAAAUUGAUAAGUAGUGUCAACAUUCACCCACAUAACAGUAUGAGUCGGUAUUGCACAUACAUAUAUACACUAACACAACUCAUUUGGUUGGUUUAAGAGCUUGACUGAUGAUCUAUAAGUAAAGGCGCAAAAAUAAAUUCUAAAAUCAAUUGAGUGGUAAAAUAGGCAAACACUCAAGGAAUUCCAGAUAAUUCAGCUGACGAUACAAAGAAACAAAACAAUAUGUCAACAAUGAAUUGCAAUUGACGCUGGCGGCAGUAAAUACCCCAAAUGUAAUGGAAAGCACUCCAAGAGCUGUGCGUUUGCUAUAAAAGAGUUACAAGAAGGCAUUGAGCUCGAAUAUGCGACUGGGGGAUGAGUACCAUUUCGAAUUACAGUUGGGAGAUAUGCGCGGUUUUCGUCGCUUGGAUCCACGUCGAAAAUUGGCACUCUUUCUUCAUGGUUGGAACGAUGAAGGCAGUAAGGAGUGGGUGCAAGAUAUGUUAAAAGCUUGGACUCACUUUGACCCAAAUUACAGCGUAUGUGUCGUUGAUUGGGGCCACCUAUCACAAGUCGACUACAAGACAGCGUCUAUGUCGAUAUUUGAUGUGGGCUUAACGGUGGCGGGUAUUAUUAUGUCUAUGGAGCAGUUACGUCCGGAAUAUUUCUCACGCCGCAAUGUUACAUUGGCGGGUUAUAGCUUAGGUGCACAUGCGGCUGGUUAUGCAGGCGCCAUGCUUAAUGGUGAGGUUGACCAAAUUAUUGGGCUUGAUCCUGCGGGACCGCUUUUCACAUUGCCCGCUGUUGUAUCACCAGACUUUCGACUGGAUCCCACAGACGCACAAUUCGUGCAAGUGAUGCACACUUCGGCCGGCACAUUGGGUGCGAGCGUUAAAAUGGGACAUGCAGAUUUCUAUCCGAAUGGUGGGAAGGCGCCGCAGCGUCAUUGCAAAGUGCUCGUUUCGGAUGUACAGAAUAAUGCGGUAGCAUGCAGCCACAGCUCAUCGGCUGUGUUUUUCAAGCAAUCCAUGAAUCCGGCAUUUCCGUUCGUGGGCAACCACUGCAACAGUUAUGAUAAUUUCGUGCUUGGCCUUUGUGCCCAGGGCCACCGCGGACGCUUUGGCAUACACUCGCAACGCCGCAGUCACGGUAAUUUCUACUUCGUCACCGAACCACAGCCACCAUACGUCCAGCGCAGGCGAUGGCAGCGACGACGGCUAAACCGAUAUAAGCAGCAGCAGUGGCGGCAUCGGCAGCGGGUAGACGCAGUGACAGCAGUAGGCAGGAGCACCCGAAAGGCGUUAACGCCGGCGACAACAACAGAUGAAAUAACGGUACAGCCGUGGCAACGCAAAUGGUGGCGUCGACGUGCGCAUAACCGAUGACUUUUUGUUUGUAUACGUGCGUGGCAUGCUGACAAUUGAAGGCCAACUGCUGAUGGUCUGAUGGUCUGAUGGUAUUUUCAUUGAAAUAAAUGCAUUGUUUGGCGAAAGAAUAGCAAAGUUA